AUGAAAGCUGUUUUCACACUACCGGAGAAGACUCACGGCCCCGGGCCCGUCUUCUUCACUUGGCAAAAGGCCGGCGGCAACUAUCUGGUGACCACGGGCUACGACCAGAACGUGAACGUCUACGACAGGCAUGGCAACCGGAAGGACCAGAUCACUCUGCCCGGGAUGUGCUCGGGGCUGGGCUGGGAGAAAGAUGGCGACGUGCUCGGUAUCAUCACGGACAAAUCACCCAUCUUGAUCCUUUGGGACGCCAACAAUCGGAACGUCAGUCAGGUGGACACUGGACUGAGGGACGUGCUGACGCUGCUUCUGUGGGCCAAGACAGGACCGUUUGUUGCCAUCGGCACGUCCAAGGGAAACCUUCUGGUUUACAACCACCGAUCGUGCAGAAAGGUGCCCAUCUUGGGAAAGCACACCAAGCGAAUAACGUACGGCGCCUGGAGUCAGCAGAACAUGCUAGCUCUGGUUGGCGAAGACAACGUGCUGACCGUGAGCAAUCAGGAAGGAGACACCCUGUGCCAGACGAGUCUCAAGUCGGAGGCCACGCUGGUUCAGUUCUCGUGCAUGAAGCGGGAUGAGAAAAACACAGUGGAGAACACCGUGAGCCUGGUGCUCAACAAGAGGACUUUGCUCCUUUUGGACAUCUACGACCCUGAGAACCCGUACGUGCUUGCCUUUCAAGAAAUGUACGGGAAGAUAAUUGAGUACCGGUGGUACGGAGACGGCUACAUACUCUUGGGCUUCACCAACGGCUACUUCGUCGCCAUCUCGACGAGCUUGAAAGACAUCGGUCAAGAGAUGAUGCAAGUUCGUUGUCACAAGCAGUCGCUUUCGCACAUCGCCAUCUGCCUUCCGCAGAACAAGGUCGCAUCUUGCAGCGAUAACGUGAUCAAAGUGUAUGACCUCUCUGAUCUCCAGGAAGUUCAGUCUGUUAUUACAGUUGAUGACGAGCGCAGAAUAGAAUGGCUCGAUUGGUCCGACGAUGGACAACUUCUGGGCGCUAGUGGUGCAAGUGGUAGUCUCCACGUCUUUCUUACCAAGCUCCCAGCCUUGGGGAACAGCCUGGGUCACCGUUACGCCUACCUUACCUCUCUUUAUGAAGUUACCGUAGCAAGUGUCACGGAGCCAGAGCUUCAGAUGACAGUGAAAGUAGACAUUGAGCCUGGCUUUAUUGCUUUGGGACCAUUCCACUUGGUAGUUGGCAUGAACAACCGCGCAUGGUUCUACGCCUUAGGCGACAAGUCUAUGCUGCCGCUGCAGGACAAGGAAUACCUAGGAACGGUGAAAAGUAUGAAACUCAAUGGUGAUUAUGCCGCUGCACUCUUCGACGGUAAAGUACAGAUGCAACUCAUAGAAACGGAGCAGAGCGAUAUGGAAGAACGAGAAAGCAAGCUUUUCCCAGACUCUAGUCAAGGUCAGGCGAAAAUUACUUGUCAUAGCGUAACGGAGGAGUUCCUGAUGUACGGUACUGACGCCGGAACCAUCGAAUUUUUUUUCCUCGAAGACUGGACAAUUGUCAACCGCUACCGGCACACAAAUGGCAUUCGACAGAUUCACCCCGAUUCAUCGGGUACUCGAUUGGUGGUGGUUGACAAUAAGUCGGAAGGGUUCAUUUACAACCCAGUCAACGACCACAUCGUAGUCAUCGAGAGCUUUCCUACAACUACUAAAGGUAUAUUUUGGGAUCAGUAUGUGGAGAACCACGGCUGCUUCGUAGCAUUUGACGAUCACAACAUCAGCAUGUAUGUCUAUACUCCGGAGACGGUUGCAGGCGCCACGGUGGAGCCCGUGCGAACCAUUUCGGUUCCUUCCGGACAGAACCCGCUUCUACUCCACUGUGGAAGUCUCACCUGCCAGACUCAGAGCGGCAAGACAGCAGUACUGCUUGUUUCGUCCCAGGAAGAGAAAGGCAAGAUCACUACAGCCCAGCAGCGUCAGGCACUUUCUGAACACUUGAAGAUGCGCAAAUUCCAAGACGCCUGGAAGAUAUGCGUCGAGCUCGACUCAAAGAAGGACUGGAUUGAGUUUGGGAACGCGGCCCUGGCAAACCUUGACCUUGAUUUAGCAACACGCAUCUUUCGGCAUAUUGGGGAUGUCGGGAUGGUUUGGUCGUUGCAGGGAAUACGCCUCAUAGAAGACAAAAAUCUUCUAGCCGGACAUCUGGCAAUGUUCAAGGGAAACUUCGGACUCGCGCAGGACCUCUUUCUGGCUUCUAGCCAGCCAACGGCCGCCUUACAAAUGCAUAGAGACCUGCUGCACUGGGAACAGGCACUGCAACAAGCCAAACGUCUUGAUCAGCAGCAAAUGCCUUUCAUCUCCAGGGAAUACGCCCAGCAGUUGGAAUUUUCCGGCGACUACGCUAAUGCCCUAGUACACUUCGAGAAAGGGAUCACCGGAGAACUUGAUCACGCGGAGCAUGACAAGGCGUGUCGCGCCGGAAUUGCACGCAUGUCCGUUCGGUGCGGCGACAUACGUAAGGGCGUGCACAUUGCUAUGCAACUGGAAAACAGAGUGCUUCAGAAGGAGUGCGCAGAAAUUCUGGAGAGCAUGAAACAGCAUCAAGAGGCAGCUGUCUUGUACGAGAAAGGAGGUUAUCACGACAAAGCAGCAAGCCUCUACAUUCGCUUGAAAAACUGGACCAAGGUUGGCAACCUGCUUCAAAACAUCGCGUCACCCAAAAUUUACGCGCAGUACGCGAAAGCCAAGGAGGCGGACGGGGACUACGAAGAGGCUGCUAAGGCGUACGAAUCCGCUCGGGACUUUGAGAAUGUCAUUCGAAUCCACCUGAACCAUUUGAACAAACCGGAGGAGGCAGUGCGCCUUGUAAAGGAAACCAAGUCGGUCGAAGGCGCCAAAAUGGUGGCGAGGUUCUUUCAAAAGCUCGGUGACACAAUUUCCGCCGUGCAGUUUCUGGUGCUUUCCAAGUGCACGGAUGAAGCCUUUCAACUCGCCAAGACAGCAAAGAAAAUGGACGCCUACGCGGACGCCCUUGGGGACAGCGGGUCGGCUGACGACUUUUACAGCAUUGCGAGCUACUAUGAAGAAGCGCGGAACAACUUAGAAGCCGGAAGGUUUUACCUCAAAGCCGGUCAGCACAAGCAAGCCGUCAAGCUCCUUGUCAAAGCAGCCAGCAAGGACGAUGACGCCGCCAUCGGUCUCGCAGUCCAAGCCGCCGCGGAGGCUAACGACGACCAGCUGACCAGGCAGCUGAUCGAGUUCCUGAUGGGCGAAACCGACGGCAUUCCCAAAGAUUUCAAACACCUCUUCCGCUUGUACAUGGGUCUUCGUCAGUACCGGGAGGCCGGCAAGACUGCCGUGGUCAUCUCGCGGGAAGAACAGAAUGCGGGCAACUACCGCAACGCACACAACGUCCUUCUAAGCAUGUACCGGGAGCUCAAGAAACAGCACAUCAAAGUGCCGGCCGAGAUGCACUCUAAUCUAAUGUUGCUACACAGCUACAUCCUGGUCAAACUGCACAUCCGACAAGGAGACCACACCCAGGCUGCACGUCUUCUCGAGCGGGUCGCCAACAGCAUCAGCCGGUUUCCCGCGCACACGGUGCCCAUUUUGACCUCCACGGUCGUGGAGUGUCAUCGCGCGGGACUCGGCAACUCCGCUUUCGUUCACGCCAGCACACUUCUCCGGCCCGAGUACAGAGGCCAGCUGGACCCCAAGUACCGUAAGAAAGUGGAAGGCAUCGUGCGCAAACCGCAUCGCGAACAGGGGCCCGAGCCCACGGCGCCAUGCCCCUUCUGCGAAAGCAGCGUUCCCGAGAUGGAGCUCGUGUGUUCCCACUGCAAGAACACCCUUCCCUUCUGUCUGGUGACAGGCAAGCACGUCCUCAGGAAUGACCUGACCCUGUGUCCCAAGUGUACUUUCCCGGCUAUACUCUCAAAGUUCAGGGCUCUGCUUGAAACGGAAAGUAGCUGCCCCAUGUGCUCGGAGACCGUUGUGGCGAGUGAACUCGAGUCGCAAGAUUUCGAUCCGAACUUGUGCGGUCAGGAUUAG